AUGAUUAUCAUGAUUGUCAUCAAACUAGACUUCCAACUAUGACUUCUAAUAGUAGAAUAUGUCAUAUGGCAACUACAUUAAUUAAUAGUAUGCCUAAUAUUUUAAAAAUUCCAUUUAUUUCUUCAAAUAAUUUUUCAGUUUUUAAAUCUGGAUUAAUUUCA